GUUUCAGUCUUUCGCGCUUGAGCUCAGGGAAAGGUGAGCAUCUGACACACCCAGCGGCUUGUGCAGCGACUUGAACUCCACCGUCACCAUGGUCGAUCAGUUUAUUGGCACCUGGAAAAUGACUUCCAGUGAGAAUUUUGAUGAAUACAUGAAGGCAAUUGGUGUGGGCUUCGCCACUCGGCAGAUGGGAAACAUGGCAAAGCCCAACCUGCUGUUCAGCGUGGAUGAUGGGGUGAUCUCAAUGAAGUCCCAGACUGCUUUCAAAACUGUGGAGAUCAAGUUCAAACUGAACGAGCAAUUCGACGAGACAACUGCAGACGACAGGAAGACUAAGACCCUCAUUACUUUUGAGAACGGGAAACUUGUGCAGAAACAGAUGUGGGAUGGAAAAACCACAACACUGGAACGCGAGAUUCAAGACGGCAAACUAAUAGCGAAAUGCAUCAUGGAUGACGUUGUUGCAGUGAGAACCUAUGAGAAGGAGGCAUAGUUCACAAUCAGCAAAAAUGGAUUUGUUGAGUACCACAAGACCAUUGCACUGAGCUAUGGCCAAACUUUGAAUAAAAUCAAUUGCUCUGCCAA